AAAAUACUGCUGAAGUAUCAAGGAAAGGAACUGAAGACGAAUCGGGAGCGAGCGAUGACGAGAGUGAGGAUACCUUCGAUGAGUUGGAGUACGAAAGCAAGGAAGUAGAAGAGGAGGAAGAGUAUUAUACAAGGGAACAGUUCGAGGAGGAAGAAACGAUUGAUGAAGAGAUUCCAAGUCUAGCAGUAUACCUGACCAUCCUGAAGGAGAUACCAACCGUAAUCAGUGGGGAGUCAGGAAAACGAGAUGAAAAGUCUGACUCACCUGGACCGCCAAACGAAAACCUACCUUAUCAGUAUGACGCGGAUAGUGUCGUUAAACAUGAUCCACUAGGGUACCACUGUAAAAUCUAA